CCAAUGACUGCCAUUGCGAUGAGCCUCUUCAUGACUGGCAUUGAGGAACGGCUCGAGAUGCGCGAGCUGCUCACUGCCCGCCGGCCUGCAUUCGCCUCGCACAAUGGGGUCCGUUCGCGCAUGGCGCUAGCGCGACGAGGAGGGCAAGAAAUGGGCAGGGAUGCGAAGCUUGUUCAACCGCAUGAGUUGCGUGUGCGAGCGCGUGUGCGGCUUCCUUUCUCCUCUCUCCCUCUCUCACCCUCUCUCUUCUCAUCGCCACGCCAGCAUGAAUAUGGACCUCAAACCUGACGCGCCGCCGGAACGCAUGACCCCCAUCAUCGCUGCCUUCGAUGUGCUCACCUCCACCCUCGUCUAUCGCGUCGCGAAGUUGACGUUGUACAUCGAGCUCCUCCUCAUCGCCUACUGCAUGUAUGGCUCCCUCGUCGCCGGACGAGGGGUGAGUGGCGCGAUCAAGGCGGCGUGGCAGAAGUGGGUGUGCGCCUUGUUUUCCCCGCACGCAAACGAACGUAGCUGACCCACCGCUCGCUGGCGUAGGCUCAUGGAGCACGACGACGGCCGCACGGUCAUGUGCAUCGGUGUGGGCAUUACGGCGCUGGCCGCUGUCGAGGUGGGAGUGAGGCACGCAUGGAGAC